AUGGCUGGUCGGCCGCCUCGACCGAAUCCCCACAGCUAUAAUCAGCUCAAUUACUCGCAAAGUCCGAGGAUUUCGUUGAAUCCGGACACCCUUUUGGUUAUUAAGCUUCCGGAUCCGAGGUUCUUGCUUGUUCUGUCGCGUUCGUUGUUUUUAGCGACGGUGAUAAUAACAUUCCCUUGCAUUAGGUCGUUUUUAAAAGGACCUUCGGCUUCAGCAGCGGCGGAGCUUCAUCGGAGCUCCGGUUCCUUCAGCUUGGAGUACUGGAACUUGCUCUGGCGAGAUUUUGCCGACGAGGGUCUUGUCAAAAAAGGACAGAAAGCUCUCGUAUUGAACUCUGCAAUAGAAGGGUUCGAUGUUGAUGAGGAGGAGGAGGAUGAUGAGGGUUCCAUGUUUAUGAACAAUGAUGGGAUCAAUGUUGUGUUCGAACCCGAUUUCAGUUCGCAAAGCUCCUUACCGAAGGAAGGGUUCGAUUUCGUUUUCGUUUCGGGGUCGAUCGACUCCGAGUUUGUGGAUCAAUUAGUGAAAACUGGUGGCAUUGUUGCAAUGCAAUUGGGCGAUGACAUCUCGACGGGGUAUCAAAAGCAAUCUGAUUAUAGAAUCAUUUAUCUUAAGAAAUUCCGUUCCACCAUCGUUGCGAUGAAGAAACUUGGUCCCAAGAACCAUUUCUUCGAUUCUUCAACGAAAAGAAAGCUUUGUGACAUGACAAUGGAGGCUAAGAAGGCAGCAUUGAGAGGUUUAGAGGAUGCUUUAUAUGAGCCACCAAGAAAAAGAGCUGCAUACUCAAAGAAAAUCAACUUCCUCCCCGAUUUGUUAGGCGAUUCCCUCGAACAUUACCCUCGUAGAGUAUUCAUCGAUGUCGGAUCCAACAAUGACGACGACAAGAACAACAUCGCAAUGAAAUGGUUUGAGAAGAACUACCCCAAAAGGAACCAAGAAUUUGAGGUUUACGGUUCCGAAACGGUGAGCGACCGGAUCGACGUUCCGGAUUGGUUGACAAAGAAUGUAGGUGAAGAAGAUUACGUGGUGAUGAAAGCUGAAGCCAAAGUCGUGGAGAAGAUGAUAGAGAGGAAAGUGAUCGGUCUGGUGGAUGAAUUGUUCUUCGAGUGCAGAAAUCAAUGGCAAGAUCAAGCGAGGAACAAGAAGAAUAGGAAGAAUCAUAAGAGGAAGAAGAGCAAAAGGGCUUAUUGGGAAUGCUUAGCUCUGUAUGGUAAGCUUAGGGAUGAAGGAGUUGCAGUUCAUCAAUGGUGGGAAUGA